AUGAAUCAUCAUCAAUUGUCAUCAUUAUUUUUGUCUUCAAGAAUUUUAGGCUAUACCCCAGAUCUGGAUUCCGAAACGGUUGAUGAUGCGUUUGCCCGAGCCUUCAAAGUCUGGAGCGAUGUCACGCCGCUGGAAUUCUCCCGAAUUCAUGAUGGAGAGGCAGAUAUCAUGAUCAACUUUGGACGAUGGGAACAUGGGGAUGGGUAUCCUUUCGAUGGUAAAGAUGGUCUCCUGGCUCAUGCUUUUGCCCCUGGACCAGGAGUUGGCGGUGAUUCCCAUUUUGAUGAUGAUGAAUUUUGGACUUUGGGUGAAGGCCAAGUGGUCAGGGUGAAAUACGGCAAUGCGGAUGGAGAAUACUGCAAAUUCCCCUUCCUAUUUGGUGAGAAGGAAUACAACAGCUGCACUGAUGCAGGGCGAAGUGAUGGGUUCCUGUGGUGCUCAACUACCUACAACUUUGAUACAGAUGGCAAAUAUGGAUUCUGCCCCCAUGAAUCUCUUUUCACCAUGGGUGGAAACUCGGAUGGGCAACCGUGCAAAUUCCCCUUCCUGUUUGAGGGAAGAUCCUUUGAUGGCUGCACCACAGAAGGAAGACAAGAUGGGUAUAGAUGGUGUGGCACUACCGAAAAUUACGACCAGGAUAAGAAAUUUGGAUUUUGUCCAGAGACAGCAAUGUCUACCGUGGGUGGAAACUCUGAAGGACAGCCGUGUGUUUUUCCUUUUAUAUUCCUUGGGAAUAAAUAUGAUUCUUGUACUACUUCGGGACGGCAAGAUGGGAAGAUGUGGUGCUCUACAUCUAGUAACUAUGACGAAGAUCGCAAAUGGGGAUUUUGUCCGGAUCAAGGGUACAGUCUUUUCUUGGUGGCUGCUCAUGAAUUUGGCCAUGCAAUGGGACUCGAACAUUCUGAAGAUCCUGGCGCACUCAUGGCCCCCAUCUACACCUAUACCAAGCACUUCCGUCUUUCUCAAGAUGACGUUCAAGGAAUCCAAGAACUUUAUGGGGGUUCUACUGAUGUUGGGCCAGGACCAAAGCCAACCCUUGGACCUGUCACUCCUGAACUUUGUGGCCAAGAUCUUGUCUUUGAUGCUGUGGCUCAAAUGAGGGGUGAAAUCUUUUUCUUCAAAGACAGAUUCUUCUGGAGAACAGCUAAUGAACGGAGCCGACCAACCGGACCUUUGCUCAUUGCUGUUUUUUGGACUGACCUUCCAGAAAAAAUUGAUGCUGUCUACGAAGCCCCUCAGGAAGAGAAGUCAGUAUUUUUUUCAGGAAACGAAUACUGGGUUUAUACCGCCAGCACCUUGGAAAGAGGCUAUCCAAAGAGACUUACCAGCCUCGGGCUGCCUCCUGACGUGCAACGUGUCAAUGCUGCAUUUAACUGGAGCAAAAACAAGAAGACAUACAUCUUUGCAGGAGACAAAUUUUGGAGAUACAAUGAAGUGAAGAAGAAAAUGGAUCCUGGCUUCCCUAAAUUAAUUGCAGAUGCCUGGAAUGGCGUCCCAGAUAAUUUAGAUGCUGCCCUGGAAGUCAGCGGAAGUGGCCACAGCUACUUUUUCAAGGACUGGUACUACCUGAAACUGGAAGAUCAAAGCUUAAAGAUUGUGAAAGUCGGCAAUGUGAAAUCAGACUGGCUGGGUUGCUGAGCAAAGCACAUCCCUUCCUAACCAACCAUGUAUAUCUGUUUUGAUGUGUAAGAGUCCUAUGUCUUACCCCACCAUUAGAAAUAGAGCUAUAUCCUAAUUCAGGGGCUUGUCUGGUACCAGCCCAACCUAUUCAAUACCACUACUUGAUACAACGGUUUCAGAUCUGAGAAAGCACAGUGACUUGGAAGCAAGUCCCAUCAAAUCCUUCCUUCUCAAAACCUUUAGUACUCAGAAUUCCUAGAUCUGACAUUUCUUCUCCCUUCAUGCCAAAAUUUAAGCCAUAUAGACCUGAUAUUAUGGUUCAGUAUUCCCUGCUAAGACACCAUAACAACCAUCUUGUUCCCAUUUUUGAAAACAUCAUUAGCAAACCGUAUGCGGAGAUCAACAUAUACCCCUAAAUGUAGAUAGUUAGCAUGCCAGGAAGUUGAUGGCGUCAACGUUGACUCCCUACAUGCCACUCUUCUAAAUUUAGAGAGAAGAAAAAUUGAGAGUUUAGGCUUUUUUUAUUAUUAUUACAGCCUGGAAGAAUCAAAUCCAGCAAUAUACAGACCUUGUUCUUUCCUGUCAGGUUGGACAUGAAAUGAAAUUAUACCUGCAUCCCAAAUCUUGAAAAAGGUCCAAUUACAGAAGCUUUGAAAAAGCCUCCAGGCCUUCCAACCUACCUGAAAGCUAACUAUGGAAAGGAGAACUUUUACAUUCUGAAUUUGGCCUCUGUACUUUCCACAUUUCCUUGGGGGUCUUAUCAGUUUAAGUUCAGAUUUGCCCCAAAGGGUCUGCUUUUUCCAUGAAGGGCUUUAAAUCCUGCCGUUCCUUAGCAGUUCAUUUGUGAUUCCCUGUUUCUUGACACAGCGUUGCAAAAGAAAAAAGAAAAGAAAAAACCCAGCCGAUGCAAGGCACAGGUUGCCUGCCUGGGGAAAUUGUGUUAAGCACUGAAAUGCAAUGAAGUCACGGGGAAGAAGCUUGCUUUUAAAGUACAGUUAUCCCUCAACUUAUGACCAGAACUGAACCUCCAAGUUUACAUGGCUAAGCAAGAUGGCUGUUAAGUGAGCUUUGUCCCAUUCUAUGACCUUUCUUGCCACCGUUGUUACGGGAAUCACAGCAGUGGUUUACAACAUGAUUGCUAAACCAACCUUCUAUGCAUGUCCAAUUUCUUAAGUGAGUUGAGAGGGGCUUGCAAAGGAUAGCUAAUGUUCAUCAAAGUGCUAGAAUUAUGUGCUAAGGGUACACAUUUGGAUGGCAGAUAGAAUAAACAUGAAGGAGAAGAGGAAGACGGGGGUUAAUUUUAGGAGAAUUCUAGGCUAGUAUUUUCCCUUGACUAUGCUUAUCAGGUCACAAAACACAAUUGUGUGACCCUGGAACAUUGCAAUGGUCAUAAAUACAUGCCAGUUGCCAAGCACCCGAAUUUUGAUCAGGUGACCACGGGAAGGCUUGCAACGGCUGUGUGAAAAAUGGCCAUAAUUCCCUUUUUUUCAGUGCCAUUGUUAACUUCCAAUGGCCACUAAACAAAUGAUUGUAAAUCAAGGACUAUGUUCUUUUUAAAAGAAAGGCAUGUCUUUACUGAAAACCAGCCAUUUGCUUCAAGCACUUUGCCACCUCCAGAUCUUAAAAGAAACACAGGGAGAGUGACCGAGGCAUUUGAAGUUGACAUGUUAUAAGAAAGACCAAGUUUGAACGCUUCAUGUUUUAUUCUUUUCCUCUUUGUUGUACCGAGAUGGCUUCCUCUUCCUUCUUCUUUCUCAUCCACUCAUUUCUUCACGGUUAGAUUUAAAGCAUCAGGCAAUGCAAACCUUCCACUGUAGACCCCAAUGGAAGGAUGGUGUUCAUAGAAAAAGAUUUUUUUUUAAGAGGAAAAAAGAAAAGUGUACAUACCAAACAUCAGCGUUACCAAUAAAGAAAGAAAAC